AUGUACAAUACCAUCACUUCAGACGGCUUUGUUGCUGCCCCUGCAUGUCCAUCAUCUCACCCCGUGCGCAUGCCACAAGUGACGUACGAGACCACCUGGGAUACGUCCAAGUUCAACAGCAUGUGGCCUUCUGGUGCCCCCAACCCCUUCGUCUGGAGUUUCGAGGGUACGGCUGCUGGAACUCAUGCUGAUUACAUGUUCGGUUGGAAGGGCGAUGCACUUCAGCGCGCCAUGGACAAGUCCGAGUGCUUCUAUGACGGCUGUGGGUCCAUCACUAAGCAGCCUAUGUCUACGGCCAACCAAUGCUCCGUCAAGAACAUGGUCAGCGAGGAAACCGAUGGAUGGCUCAAAGAACUCCCGGGUAUGGCAAAUAUGAAAAAGUGA